CCCUUGUUGCGUGGUGCGUCCCAGGCAGGCGCCAAGGUGGUGCGGCGAUGGUCUUGAAUUGACAUUUGUGACUUUCUUUUCUUCUCUUUCACCCCGCAAGCUGACUUCAAGCACACUGUAAACGAAAUGGAUGGAGGCAUGGGAGACUGCAGCGAUCUCGAUCGCCAGAUCGAGCAGCUGCGAAGGUGCGAAAUCAUCAAGGAGGCCGAAGUCAAGUCACUCUGCGCAAAAGCCCGGGAAAUUCUUGUCGAAGAGAGCAACGUUCAGAGGGUGGACUCUCCGGUCACCGUUUGUGGUGACAUCCACGGCCAGUUCUACGAUCUGAAAGAGCUGUUCAAGGUUGGCGGAGAUGUGCCUGAUACAAACUACCUCUUCAUGGGAGACUUUGUCGACCGAGGCUUCUAUAGCGUCGAGACCUUCCUUCUACUCCUCGCACUUAAGGUGCGCUACCCAGACCGCAUCACACUGAUUCGGGGCAACCACGAGAGUCGACAAAUCACACAGGUGUACGGCUUCUACGAUGAGUGCCUGCGCAAGUAUGGCUCUAUCACCGUCUGGCGCUACUGCACGGAGAUCUUCGACUACCUUUCCCUGUCUGCUGUUAUUGAUGGCAAGAUCUUCUGCGUUCACGGGGGCCUGUCGCCAUCCAUUCAAACCCUGGACCAGAUUCGCACCAUUGACCGCAAGCAGGAAGUGCCUCAUGAUGGCCCCAUGUGCGAUCUGCUCUGGUCAGACCCUGAAGACACACAGGGCUGGGGAGUGAGCCCGCGAGGUGCGGGCUACCUCUUCGGCAGCGAUGUUGUCUCCCAGUUCAACGCCACCAACCACAUCGACAUGAUCUGCCGUGCCCACCAGCUUGUCAUGGAAGGUUACAAGUGGCAUUUCAACGAGACUGUCCUUACCGUCUGGUCUGCACCAAACUAUUGCUACAGGUGCGGAAAUGUGGCUGCCAUCUUGGAACUGGACGAGCAUUUACAACGAGACUUUACUAUAUUUGAAGCAGCACCUCAGGAAAGCAGAGGUAUACCAACAAAGAAACCACAGCCAGAGUACUUCCUGUGACAGGCACUCCUUUGCCUCCUCCCCAUGCCCCUUUUUGCACACAAGUAUUGUACAUCCAUUUUAUAUGAGAGCAACUUCCUCUCCCGAGACGAAGACACCAGGUCUCGGUCACAUGAACAUUUCUUGCAAGAUCGACACUUAUUGGACUUUUCAUACCAGUUCCUUCCGAGAUCAUUAAUGCUGUGUCCAUUAAUGUUCUACCCUUCUCCGCUGAAGACAUCGUGGAAGGCAGCCUUCCAGGACGACGACAACAACAACACAACAAAAAGAAAGAUUGUUGUGCCACUUUCAUGGCUGGCUUGUGUCGUUCUUUUCAUUGCCAGUGCUGCCAACUGAAGUUACAUUUUUCAUGUGUUAGUUUUUUUUUUUGCCUUAAUUUUAUUUUCUUCUUAGCCGUUAUGCAGCUGCUAGAGCUCAUAUUUUAUCUUGUUUGACUUUUUUUUCUUUAUGAAGACCUACAAUUACCAUACACAGGUUUUGUCUCAGUGUACAUAAUAUAAGGAGUUACAUUUUUUUUCUUUUGUGUGUUGUGUUAUCAAUUCUUUCCUUUACAUCGGUUGGUAGUAAUUUGUGAACCAUACUAGAUCAUUUCAAAGUCCAGCUGUGUUUCAAUAAAUGCAAGGGUGUGCCCAAUGCAGUUUUA